AAAGGAGGUAUGAAGUCAGUGGGGUCAGCUGGUGCUGCAGCUCGCAGCUAUACGAGCUGAAAUCUGAGACUUGCACAACCACAGAGUGAGGCGGAGGGAGGGGGCAGAGUGAGGAAGAAUGUCCAGCCAGGAGAAAGAGGGCAAACUGCAGGCUUUCAGAGGACACAAGGCUGCGAGAUGCAGCUGGAGCUGAACAUGUGAGGGCAGAGCCCGGAGUGAAGGAGAUGUGUCGGGAUAAAGGCACGCUCCCUUCAGACUGACAUUGGAUGCCGGCUUUAGCUCCGUGUUUCAGACAAACACAGCCAGCAGCGCUGACACCGACCACGCUCCCCAGGACAAAGAACAUCACUGAAAUCCAAACAGAGAAGAAAGUGAAGGUUUUUUUUCUGCCUUUCGUCUCUGGGAACUGAGCUGAGUACAGGGUUUUGUUUUUUUUGUUUUGAGGAUCUGGCUCUUUUUUUUUUUUUGCAAACUCGCUCUUUUUGGACGCAGACUUGGAGCAGCUUUGUAUACCUGCUAACCGCUGCCCUGUGGAAUGUCAAAUAGUUCCUGAGCGGAGAAACUCUGGAUAAUUACCCAGUGUUAGUGAAGCUCUAAUGACUCGACUAAACUGCCUCACGUUUCCUGUGCAGACUGGCGAGUCGGUUAACCCUUUGGGGUUCCUACUGUGCGGGUUUUAGAGCUGCUGGUUCUGCAGCGGAGUCUGAAAACAUCCCAGAUUCUUGACUUCUUCCCGCUGUUAAGGAUCUGCUGGUGUUUGUUUGGACACAGCCCUCGCUCUCGAUCUGCUGCAUACUCCAGCCGCUCAGGAGCUUAUACUUCCCAAAGGGAGGGAGGGGAAAUAUGAUCCAGUAUUUGGAGGAAUGUGUAGAGCUCCAGCAGCAGUGUGUGGUUUCCAUGGAAAAGGCCGGAGCAGCGUGGCACAGAGGGGCUGCAUAAAUGCUUUACCUCUAUGUCUGUGGUCCCAGUGAAAUCCAAGCAGGCAAGUGUAGCUCCACAAGCUCCACCCUGGAACUCCCUGUUCAGGCUGCUCUCAUGCAUAGCAACAAGGAAUGUGCACGACAGUAAAGAGGUCCAAACAUUUCAAGAGCAGACAAAAGCCUUAUUUGGAAAUCUUAUGGACGAAGAAAUGAGUCGCCAGACCGCCACCGCGCUGCCCACAGGAACAUCCAAGUGCCCCCCCUCUCAGCGCGUGCCCACCCUGUCAGGCACCACAGCCUCCAACAGUGACCUGGCCAGCCUGUUUGAGUGUCCCGUCUGCUUCGAUUAUGUCCUGCCCCCCAUCCUGCAGUGUCAGUCUGGACACCUGGUGUGCUCCAACUGCCGACCCAAACUCACCUGCUGCCCCACCUGCAGAGGCCCGCUGGGUUCCAUCAGGAACCUGGCCAUGGAGAAGGUGGCCAACUCCGUCCUCUUUCCCUGCAAGUACGCCUCGUCGGGCUGCGAAGUCACGCUUCCCCACACCGAGAAGACCGAGCACGAGGAGCUGUGCGAGUUCCGGCCGUACUCCUGCCCGUGUCCCGGCGCCUCCUGCAAGUGGCAGGGCUCCCUGGACGCCGUGAUGCCUCACCUGAUGCAUCAGCACAAGUCCAUCACCACCCUGCAGGGGGAGGACAUCGUGUUCCUGGCGACAGACAUCAACCUGCCCGGCGCCGUGGACUGGGUCAUGAUGCAGUCCUGCUUCGGCUUCCACUUCAUGCUGGUCCUGGAGAAGCAGGAAAAGUACGACGGACACCAGCAGUUUUUCGCCAUCGUCCAGCUCAUCGGGACCCGGAAGCAGGCCGAGAACUUUGCAUACCGGCUGGAGCUGAAUGGGCACCGGCGCCGGCUGACCUGGGAGGCCACGCCGCGCUCCAUCCACGAGGGCAUCGCCACGGCCAUCAUGAACAGCGACUGCCUGGUGUUCGACACGUCGAUCGCACAGCUGUUCGCGGAGAACGGGAACCUGGGCAUUAAUGUCACCAUCUCCAUGUGCUAAGAACUCUGGGCGGGCCGAACUCCUCCAAUGGUUGAGGCAUUCUUUUGAAGCAGGUCAGAGGGGUCGUGACCUCAGUGCCCCCCCGUCUCUGUCUCCCCGUUAACCGGACUGUCGGUUCAGCCAUCUGUGGAGGAACAGGGAUGUCUGUCCGCCGUUUGGUUUUAGUGUCUCUUUCUGUUCUCGGCGCCCCUUCAGUCCUGUUCAGGCACUACAGUUCUGGAAGGCUGGGAGCAGCUCAACGCUCCGGACGGGGAUCCCCGCUCUGUGCUGAGCUAGCCAACCAGCUAGUUUUUGUUUGUUUUCGACGGAGGACUGUGGCUGCUAUCGACCCGCUCAAACUGGAACUGAGUUUAUCACAGAAAACCUCGUUUGUCUUCACCUGUAACUGACACGACCUCCGGCAGGCGGGGGCCGCAACCUGCCGACGACUGUAGCAUCCCACCACAGUCACAGUUUACCAGCGCUGGUCCGGUUUCUUCUGUUCCGUUCCAGCCUAGAAAAACGCAUCAGACGCUCGUUAAAUGCUUGAUAGUUGUCAGACUGAACGGACUGAAGCCCUGGAUGUACUGUUUUUGUUCUCCCAGCAGCAUUUGUCUGACACAAACACGGCUGUGCGUCGUCACCGGUGUGAUCGUGACCCACAGAGAAGAAAUCCCACAUUUCACCCGUCUCUCUCCUGUGCUCUUAUUUUGUUAGUCCGUUUAUUUUAGACGUUUUAGUUUUUGGAUGAAAGGCUCUGUGUGUUUGUGUGUCGUGUGCAUGUCCGUACACCUUUUCUUUCUCCUCCCUCCGCUCAUCUCUGCGUCACCCAGCCUGGAACACACCCCUUUCUACAGGUAAAAAUGUUACUAUUAUUACUAAAUAGAGAUUAUCAUGAUUUUCAUUUUUUGUAUUGAAUUUUAAAAGAAAAAAUUAAAAGGCAGUUGUUAAACGUGUGGCUAAACUUCAGUGUUUGUAGUUAAACAGAAAAAAAAGAGACUAGAGUUCUCGUUCUGAAGGUUUUUGUUUUUCUCCAGUGUUGGGUUGUUUUCCUCCGUCUGUCCUCUCUGUGUGGAAAGUUUUUUUUUUUCUCUGUGAGGAGGUAGUGGUUGUGGAGGUGGUGCUCCUUGCCUCUCCGCCUGCAGUCUCAGUAACUUUGCUGCUCUCCCUCAAGCUCUAAGACUUCUUUCUGUUUUCAUUUGUCAUUAAAUAAAUCUAUCUUUUUCAUA